GCCUCCGUUCCAGAUGACUCUCCUCCUUAAAUGUUGAUCCCGUUAGUGAGUGCAGGAACUGAGUGAUAGUAGAAAUACAGACCGAGCGAUCGGGCUGGGUGUGUUUCUUCAUUUAAACAGAGCCACUCAAGUGACAAUGAAGAAAAUAACAGCAACCUCCUGAUAAUUGCAACACACGCACACAGUGAAUCUGUCACAGUACCUGGAUAGGCAGCUAUGGACGCAAGUGACAACAAGGAUGGCAAGCUCUCUGCUGAAGUAGAACCGUUUAUUCCUCAGAAGAAGGGCUCCGAAGCGGUUUUGGUCUCAAUGAAUCUAACUAAUGGCAGUGGAGAAGGGGGCAGUGCCAGCGGAGUGGAGCCCACUCCCAUCCCUAGUUACCUGAUCACAUGCUACCCAUUUGUACAGGAAAAUCAACCAAACAGGCAAUUACCCUUGUAUAACAGUGACAUCAGAUGGCAGCAGCCCAACCCGAACACAGCUGGCCCAUACCUUGCAUAUCCUAUCCUUUCAUCACCACAGCCCCCUGUUUCAAAUGACUAUGCCUACUACCAGAUUAUGCCUGCACCGUGCACUCCAAUGAUGGGAUUUUAUCACCCCUUCGCCUCCCCUUAUGGAGCCCCUAUUCAGACAGCAGGAGUAGUCAGUGUCUCCAGUGAGUGUGCUGAUCGACCCGGGCAGCUCUUCCAAGCUGCAAACCAGAGGGGGCGAGGCAUCAUAAGGUCACCACUGGUGUCAAAGGUUCCACAGCAAAUACGAACCCAAAGACCGCCUAUGAGAAGUAUUGCUGUUCAAAAGGAGAUCAGUGCUUCAGGUCCCGACAACAGAUCAAAGAUAGUGCUUUUGGUGGACGCUGCACAGCAGACAGAUUUCCCUGGUGAAAUAGCCAAUAAGUCCCUCUCGGAACGGACUAGUCCUUUGCUAUGGAAAACCAAAGCAAGGCGAAGAAGAGCGUCGCACCCGGCAGCAGAGUCUUCCAGCGAGCACGGGGCCAGCGAGGCAGACAUUGACAGUGACAGCGGCUACUGCAGUCCCAAACACAGCCACAAUCAGGCCACCGGCAUGGGCACCAGGACCUCAGAUCCCAUUAAUAAUUCAGUUGUAGCUGAAUCAGCCGGAACACCAGCUGCUAGCUGGGUAAACGUAGCCUCUCAAGCCACUCAGAAAACAUGGAUGGACAGAAAUUCACAAUUUCUUAGAGGUGGAAAACCAGCCGAACACAGAAAUUAUGCCCAGGUUGGAUACAGAGGCAGAGGGCAGAGCACUUUGUCCGAGAGAAGCCUGCAAAGGAGACCGCCAGAUUGGAAGCCACCGAAUAUAAGCCAGUUAACUGGUGCACAGCAAACCACAAAGCCCUUGUAUUUUGAGAAUGAAGAUGAAUUUCCAGACUUGGUUCCUGCAGCUGCUGUUUCAAGGACUAAGACUGAACCAAUACAGCCAAAACUUCCCACGAACCUUCUGGAUAAUUUGCCUGAGAACUCUCCAAUGAACAUAGUGCAGACUCCAAUUCCGAUUACCACUUCUGUACCUAAACGAGCGAAAAGUCAGAGGAAGAAAGCAUUGGCUGCAGCCCUGGCCACUGCCCAGGAAUAUUCAGAGAUCAGCAUGGAACAAAAGAAACUUCAGGAAGCCCUGACAAAAGCUGCUGGGAAGAAGAGUAAAACCCCAGUGCAGCUGGAUCUGGGAGACAUGCUGGCUGCUCUGGAGAAACAGCAGCAGGCUAUGAAGGCUCGUCAGCUCACCAACACCAAGCCACUGUCCUACACAGUUGGCACUGCAGCCCCCUUCCAUAGCAAGGAUUCCAGCAGCAAGAAGUUGAUGCUGAAAAGCCAGCCCUAUACUGGGCCUCAUAACGUGCUGGACUCCACUGCCCCCAGGCUAAAAAGAGGAAAGGAAAGGGAGGUUCCCAAGGUGAAGAGGCCAACAGCACUGAAGAAGAUUAUUCUGAAAGAAAGAGAAGUAAAGAAAGGCAAAUACUCUCUUGACCACAGUCUCGUGGAACCAGAAGAGCAGAGUGACCUACAGUUACAUUUUACUGAUGACCAGUCCAGGGAAGCUGUGUCUCAGGAAGAAAUGGGUCUUAGCAUGCCCAGCGAUGCCUCUCUUUCCCCUGCAAGCCAGAACUCGCCAUACAGCAUCACUCCCGUCUCUCAAGGAUCCCCUGCUAGUUCUGGAAUAGGAAGUCCAAUGGCAACAUCGGCCAUCACGAAAAUACACAGCAGGCGAUUCAGAGAGUAUUGCAACCAGGUUCUGAGCAAGGAGAUUGAUGAGAGUGUGACCGUCCUGCUGCAGGAACUCGUGCGCUUCCAGGAGCGUAUCUACCAGAAGGACCCUGCGAAGGCCAAAGCCAAGAGAAGGCUGGUCAUGGGUCUACGUGAAGUGACCAAGCACAUGAGACUCAACAAGAUCAAGUGCGUCAUCAUCUCUCCAAACUGUGAAAAGAUCCAGUCGAAAGGUGGACUGGACGAAGCACUGUACAAUGUCAUAGCUAUGGCCAGGGAGCAGGAGAUUCCUUUUGUCUUCGCCCUGGGGCGCAAAGCAUUGGGGCGCUGUGUCAACAAACUGGUUCCUGUUAGUGUUGUGGGAAUCUUCAACUUCAGUGGGGCAGAGUGCCUGUUUAAUAAACUGGUGUCACUAACGGAGGAAGCUAGAAAGGCGUACAAAGACAUGGUUUCAGCCAUGGAGCAGGAGCAAGCUGAGGAAGCGCUGAAGAAUGUGAAGAAGGCCCCCCACCACAUGGGUCAUUCGCGGAACCCGUCUGCAGCCAGUGCCAUCUCCUUCUGCAGUGUCAUUUCAGAGCCUAUCUCCGAAGUCAAUGAGAAAGAAUACGAAACAAACUGGAGAAACAUGGUUGAGACCUCUGAUGGACUAGAAGCAUCAGAGACCAAGAAGGAGGAGCCAGCUAGCAGGACUGCUGUAGCAGAGAAACCUGUUGGCGUAUUAGCUGAUAAAGGCAGCGAGGCAGCUCCUACUCCACAUGUCAAAGCCGCCAGCAUCGCCCCUGCUACCUCGGCUGCCCAGCCUGCAAAAACUGCUGCAGUGAGUGGUGCUGAAAAAGAUGAAGGGAAACCAGAUGACACCCUGGAAUGGGCUUCCCAGCAGAGCACUGAGACUGAGUCCCUUGAUGGAAGCUGUCGGGACCUGCUUAAUUCCUCCAUAACAAGCACAACCAGUACCCUGGUACCAGGCAUGCUGGAGGAGGACGAGGAUGAAGAUGAGGAAGAGGAGGAGGACUAUAACCACAAGCCUUUAUCUGUGGAGGUGCCACUCACCAGCAGGAUUGAGUCCUGGGUGACGGAGGCCCAGAAGACCUUGGAAAACCUGCAGCUUGGCAAAAACCAGGACAGCACAGAGGAAGAUGAUGGUGGACAUAGCGAUGAGGAAGAACUAGAAGCGUCCGAGCAAGCAGAGCCCGUUCUAGGACAUAAAGAGCAGCAGCUCAAACCCAAGAGCAUAACCUGUUGACUAAAACCAGCAGCUUCACAGAAGGGGCACUUUGUUUUCUAAUUCCGUACUGUGAUCCAAGCCUCACAUCAGUAAUCUCAGGAAACUUGAAAACCAUUCAUAGGGAUAACUUGUAAAGUUUUUUGAGAUGUUUGUCAUCUCCAAAAUUUAGCAAUUUGUUAAAAAGGACUUUCAGUAUUACUUACUCCACAGUUUCUUCAUUUUGGGAUAUUUUAAAAUAACUGCAACUAAUUGUAAACAGCAUUGGUUAAUUACUCGAACAUUUGGAGAGGUGCGUUUAGCCUGUAUAGUUUUAAAUUGAUUUGCAUUAUUUCCUAAUAGUUACGUGUUUCAGACCUGUUUCUUAAAAAAAAAAUAUAUGUAUCAUUUGUCAAAUGUGCUAUUAAUGGUAGCUUUCUUUUAAAAUCUUGUCUACAUAUGGGAUAAUGACAUACUGAAUGCCAGUAAUACAGCUUUUGGAACAAAUUGAAGGUUAUGCACUUUUACAUGACUUUGAAACUUUGGUUUGUUGUCUUGGUUACAGAUACUAUUUGUAUAUUAACACAUGUAUAUUAACACUCUUCUUUUGUAUAUACAUUUUGUUCCCAUUUAUUUAACAAAGUAGUUCUAGACUAAAGCCUUAGACAUCACAAAAUUAGGAUUUCACAUUUUAUUGCAUUUCAUCCAGCAAUGACAUUCUAAUAUAUAAUACAAUAUAUUUUUUUCUCAGGAUGUUUUUUUGUUUUUGCAAACUUGUAAUACUGGUGAAAGGGAAAGUUAAUGUUUUGUGGAAGUUUUUUUUUAAAAAAAAUUUUGCCUUUGCUUUACUGAGUAGGCAGAAUAUUUGAGGUAAAUUCAAAAGUAAGUAUGAGAGAUGCAUCUCAACAGCCUUUAGAUAAUAAAAAAAGAGUUCCACUAAAUCUGUUUAAAUUCAUUUUCUUGGUCUAAGAACGUACUGUAUGUCCAGGGGUAAUACAUUUGUUUUUUCAGGUUAAACUCCUUUGGUAUAGUAAAUAUUCUACAAUAACAAUUUACAUACAGGAAUAUGUAUAAUUUGUUCCCUAUAGUUCUACAUUUCCAAACAAAAAGUAUUCCUCAUACAAUUAUUUGUCUGUCGAGGCAUAGAUGGUUUGUAUAGUGUGAACAAUACAAGAUCACAUUCCAUCUGUAGUUUCUAUGUGUUGGAUAUUAGUACAGGCAAUGCAUACAAAGUUUUCUUUUGAUUUUCAAAUUGGCUUCCAUUUUUCUUCUUUUAAAAAAAAAAAAAAAAAAAAAGAAAGAAACUAAUGAAACUGUUUAUCUAGAAAGUAAAAUGCCAUCUAAAAAUAUAAUUGCAUACAGUUUUGGGAAAAAAAAAAAAAAAAAAGAUUACAAAAAAUAUAAUCUUGGCCCCAUAUUAAAAUGUAAGGGUGGUUCUUGCAACAUUUACAAGCUGUAAUUGUCUUGCUUUUAGAAAACCCCAUUGGAUUAUGUUUUCAGACUUGUUUCUUUGUCUGUAAUGCUACUAAUACCUCACCCUAGCAGGUCCAAGUUACACUGGUCCCCAUCAAAAACCCAUUCGUUUGCACUUUAGUACCGUGCAACAUUUUAAAUAUGUCUGUCAAAGUGUCCCCCAGCAAUGUAUUUGUGUUAAUGGAAGAACUUUUCUGUUUCUUGUCUUGUUUCUGUUGUACUUUUAAUCUGUUUUUUAGUCUCCAGGUAUAACGAUGAUGUAAAUUGUUUUCAGAUAUUAUUAACUUGUAUUAUGAUGUAAUUUAUUUACAUAACAAAAAAUGAAGUAAAUGUACCAUGUUUGUGAUCACAAACAUCUUUUAAGGUAAAGCAGGUGAUGCAUCUGUUUUUUAGUUUUUCAACAAAUUUACCAUUUAGUCAGUUUCUUCUACAGGUCACUAAUUGAAUUGUUCACCUUCAGUGUUCCACCUGACACUAUUAAUGAUCGCUACUUUAUAUAUAAUAGAUAUUCAAGUAUUUCAUUCUACAAAUCCAGUUCAUUUAGGCAAUUACUGGUUUCUAACAAUGUCUGUGUUUCUCUUGCUAUUUCAUUAUUUUCAUAACAAUGAUAUACAUUUGCAAUUGUUAAUUAUUUACAGUAUUCCAUUUGUAUCAUGUUAAGAAUUGUUUAAAAAACUAUUUAAAUAUUGGAGGUUGGGUAUUUUCUCUUUGAAAUUGCAUAUGUAAGUUUUAUAUAUGUUGUUUGUACUUCAAUGUCUGGAAAAUUAAGCUGUCACACAAACUAAUUUGAAAUUCUGUUGCAAUUUCCAGUAAUUUGAUAACUGGUUGUGUAAGCCCCACAAAAAUUAUAAUGGAAAGUACUGUUUAUGCUCAAUGGAGGUCUUGUCAGAUUAAUGGUAUUCGUUUCCUUGCUUUAACUGUUUUGUUAUAAUGUGUGUUCUGAGUAAUAAUAGCAACUGCGUCUUUUGCACUAUGUAAAUACUAGUGAAUUUCGUCCUGUUAACUAAUAAAACGUGAAAAUUAUUGUAUGAA